AUGUUAGUAAAAAUUUCAUUAGUUUUGGACCGACCCGUCGUCGAUACUGUCUAUACGGCCAGUGAUAUAAUCAGUGGACAUUUGGUUGUCGAAAAUGAUCAGCCAUUGCCUACCAGUGCCAUCAAUAAUAUAUCAUUAAUAGGCGAAGCCCAUUGCGGUUGGAUUAUUAGGCGACCAUCAAAACGGUUGGACGAAAAUCGCAACUAUUAUACCACUUUUGAGGACAUACCUCAUGAGGGCCACUACGAGUGUCUGGAUCUUAAAUACUAUCCAUUAAAUGCCUAUCCAUCAGUACUUAAUCCGGGUUAUCAUAAAAUUCAAUUUGAAUUUCAAUUACCAAACGGUGGCUUUCCGUCGACAUAUGAGGGCAAAUACGGUCACAUCAGGUACUGGAUUGAGGCACAGGUAGACACACAGCUAAUGCCUGUUAAUGAGUGGCCAUAUCUGGCCAUUGUUGUCAAUGGACCGGCACAUGUAUCCAAUCAUCAGCUAUCGCAAAGAGCUUACAAUAGUAGCACAGGUAUGCUAAACAAUCAGCCAAUAUAUUUGCGCUGCGAAUUGGAUACAAUGGGUCAGCGUGAAGGCCAGGACAUACCGGUGCACUGUAUUGUCGACAACCAGUCGGAUAAGGAUCUAAUACUGAAGGCUAGCCUCAAACGACAGGUUAUGUAUUACGCACCGGAAAGUCGCCGAAAAACUACCGAAACAGUUGUCCGCAAUAUAUCGCAUAUUAUCGAAAGGACUACACGGGUAUACAAAACCGUACAGUUGUUUGUACCCCGAGAUCUACCCGUAGUUUGUCAUACCUGUCCGGUAAUUGAUAUCCGAUAUACGGUCAGUGUUGUGGUCGACAAUCCCGACCAGUCGUUUGAAAUGGACUGCGAAUUACCCGUCAUUUUGAAUGACUGA